CCGUCAGCUCGCAGGGAAAACGCCAGCCAGGGUUAAAGUUAGUGCUGACACCCCGCAGAGCGUGGGUAACCAGCGGGAGAAGCGUCUCUGAGUGUAGCUGGCAGAUGGGAAAGUCCCCGAGAGGUCUUGAGCACCCGCGGUAGUAUCGGAAGGAGAAACUGUUAAAUUGGGGUGCAGGGAGUAUCUGGAGGAGGGAAGAGGCUCCGUGCCAGGCGUCCAUCUCGUUUCGGUGCACACCAUGGAUACCACCGGCCACAGCGUCCUCCUCCUCCAGCAGCUGAACAUGCAGCGGGAGUUUGGCUUUCUGUGUGACUGCACAGUUGCCAUUGGAGAUGUUUACUUCAAAGCCCACAGAGCGGUGCUCGCUGCUUUUUCAAACUAUUUUAAGAUGAUAUUUAUUCAUCAGACGAGCGAGUGCAUAAAAAUUCAGCCUACAGACAUCCAGCCUGACAUAUUUAGUUACUUGUUACAUAUCAUGUACACUGGGAAGGGGCCAAAGCAGACUGUCAGCCAGAGCCGGCUGGAGGAGGGCAUCCGCUUUCUGCACGCAGACCACCUGUCCCACAUCGCCAUCGAGAUGAACCAGGCCUUCUCCCCAGAGCCCGUCCAGUCCUCCAACCUGUACGGGAUCCAGAUCUCCACGGCGCACAAGCUGGCCAAGGAGCGCCUGGGAGCGAAGGAGAGCCUGCCCAAGGCGGGCAGGUCUGCGGCGCAGGGCGAUCCCCCCCAGCUGCAGCUGUCCCUGGCCAUCGGCCUGGACGAGGGCCCCCUGGAGCAGCAGCCCGCCCGCGCCCCGGCCCAGCCCGCGGCUCUGGCCAAGCCGCCCGAGGAGCGCCCGAAGCUCUCGGUUUCCAUAAAGCAGGAGCGGUGCGACUCGGAGCCCGUGGUGUCCCAGAGCUGCACCCCUCCUUCCCCGGGGGUGGCCAGCCCCAUCCUGGCCAAGGGCGGCCUCAAGGUGCACCUGUGCCACUACUGCGGGGAGCGCUUCGACUCGCGCGACGGGCUGCGGCAGCACCUGCACACCCACGUCUCGGGCUCGCUGCCCUUCGGCGUGCCGGCCUCCAUCCUGGAGAGCGGAGACCUGGGCGAGGUGCAGCCCCUGGCCGAGGACAGGGAGCCCGGGGACGGCCAUCGCCUCGGCGCCUUCCUCCUCAAGGAGGACGAGCAUCAGCUGGAGCAUCCGAGCUGCAGCGAGCUGGAGCCUCUGCAGAUCGGGCAGCUCUCCCUCAUCUCCAAGGACCACGAGCCGGUGGAGUUGAACUGUAACUUUUCUUUCUCGAGAAAGAGGAAGGUCAGCUGCACCGUGUGCGGCCGCGCGUUCUUCCGGAAGAGCCAGCUGCUGGAGCACAUGUACACACACCGAGGGAAGCAGCACAAGUACGGCCGCUGCCAGCGGCUGGAGAGCCCCAGCACCCCCAGGUUUCACCCCUACUGUGACAGUGAGAGUGUGGGGAAGAGCCCCAGCUUGUCCCAGGAGCACUUGGAUGAAUGCAUACUGGAGUCAGAUCUCAUCCAAGAAAGUGUCGAUACGAUCCUGGUAGAGUAAUUCUCCCCCUUCAGACCUGAAACUGGAUGUUUUGGCAUUCUCCACCUAGGGAGUGGCUGUUCUGUGCAGCUGAUUUUCUUGAGCCACCGUUCCCCUCACUGCUGAGAUAACUGUGAAGGACUGUGUACUUUGACUUGUGUACUUGCUUUUUUUACUUCUCUAACUUUUAAACUCGAGUUAAUUCCCAUCUAAGUCCUUGGAAGCCUCCGUGUAACUCAGUUAUGCUUUUCCUCAAUGUGAACUUAUUCCUACUCUGCUUUACUGGAGUAAAGGCUGUAUUGCUGGGUGUGAGGUUUAAACAUUGUCUAGUACUCUGUGUGGUGCCUAGGACUGUUUGUAUCCCAUAGAAUUGCUCUUCUGAAACCAGAUGGAUGGAAGUGUAGAGGGAAAUACUUACUGUGUUUCCCAAACAGUUUGUUUUUAAUGAAAAUAAAUAUCUCAAGGAGAUGAAUCCUGAAGUUCAUGUUGUUAAUGUAACUGCAGUUAAUAAAUCUCUGCAUAAAUAUUUGCAGGAGCCAUAAGGCUGCUCUUUUCAAGGGAAUUGGCAGUGUUGAUGUAGGGGUGGCAACCUUCAUUUUGACAAGCCCUGGAGUCCUCAUCUGUCUUCUAAAUUUACUUUUAAACUCUAGGGAUUUGCAUGUGUUUUUCCUCCUUCCUACUCCUCCCUCAUUCACCACUACUGCAUAAGCAAAGACAGAUUUUGAUGCUCCUCUAGGACCAUGUUUCAUUUUUGGACUGUCUUCUCUGCAGGGAGGAAGGAAAGCUGCAAAGGAGUGUUCUUCUUUGAGAGGAGACAUACCCUGGCUUAAAUCUUUACCGGAUUAAAUGCCACACACGUAUUUUCUGAGUGAAAAUGAUUUCUGACUAUAAACAGCUUGGAGUAAACACAUUUUAAAAUAUUACAAUCUGUAUAUUUGCUCAGAGCAAAUACAGAGCGUGUUAUUUUUUUCUCUGUUUGCAGAGCCAGUGUUAGAUGGUAACAUGCAAGUUUUUUGCCUUUCAUAUAAUCACAGAAUGGUUUGGGCUGGAAGGGACAUUAAAAAUGAUUUAGUUGCAGCCCCCCUACCAUAGGCAGGGACACCAUCCAUUAGGUUGCUCAAAGCCCCAUCCAGCUUUUCAUUUAUCAUUAGUUGUUAUCUGAAGUGUAAUAUCCAAUAAAAUUAUACACAUGCCUCUUGAAUUCAGAGUUUGUCCCUCUCUAGUUUUCAUCCCAGGCUGCAGCCCACCCCUCGGAGAUGCUGUUACUCAGAAAGCCCCAGGGGACACACCAAGUUCUUAGAGAGCAGAGGUCUCUCCUGCAGCUCAGAGCAAAAGCCUCGUGAGCUGCUCCCGUAAUCUCCUUACCCAGAUUUUGAGAAGCUGGAGGCUUCCUGCCAGUCCUGGUGGGGCCUUUGGAAAGGGUGAGCCUGAACAAUGGUGUGAGAACAGUUUGCUGUCAGAAUGCCUGCUCCAAAGCUCUUUGUAGUCGGGGCUCUUGAGCUGUCUUUGGUAUUGUCCUGGAGCAAGAGCUGCAAUUAAAUCACUGCUGAAUUAAAAGACCAUCUGAGGUCUUUGUAAGGGCGGUUGCUGCUUCUCCUGGGCAGGGAGCUGCUCACUCCAGGGGCAGGAUUGGCCACUGAGAGCUGCCAAAUUGUGUUUCCAGACAAAGGGGCAAAACACCCAGUGCCCGAGCCUGCCGAGAAGAUGUUGCAAAAUGCAGGCUGUGGUUUGGAGUGUGCUUCCCUGCAAGCCCCAGUGCUCCUUCUGCUGCUUGUACCCAUUGAAGCUGUUCUGGUGUGAACACAUUUGAACCCUGCUUAAAAAGCCCUUCUUUGGAACAAGCAAACAAACAGAACCCAGCCGACACCCAGGCCUGUGAAUGCUGCAUCUGAGCACGGAGCCAUUCACACAGAGCAUUUCCUAGAAGGGAAAUGCUUCUGCUUCUCUCCCAGCCUAAUAGCAUCAGCUAAAUCACAUCCAGCACAAGCUGCUCAUAACUGGGCAAAUGCCUUCCGGCUUCCACUGACCUCUAUUUCUACAUGAUGGGUAAAAAAAAAAAAAAAAAAAAA